AUGAAUUAUAAAUUUGUGCUCUUGAUUCUUGCACAGAUAACAUUAAGCUUACAGUUACAACUACCAUUCCAUAUUGGAGGUUCAUUGCCAGAAGCUUCCCAUUCUGUGCAUUACUCCUCUAUUGAUACAAAGGAUCAUCCUAUUGACUUGACUCAAUAUAAAAACACUUACGUGGUUAGAAUAGAUUAUUCCAAGAAUGGUGAGUUGGAGAAGUAUCUAAAAUCAAAACCAAGUAAUGAGUCCUGCGACUCUAUAAAUUUCAAACGUUGGGGCAAAAACAUUGCCCAAAAGACUAUUGAUAUUCAAAUUGACGAUGAAAAUAUGGUUAAAUUGAUCCAAAAAUUCAAAAGUGAUUUAAAAUUAGAAUUUUUGAUUGAUGAUUUACCACAGAAGAUUUUUGAAACCUAUCCACAAGUUUCGAUCCAAUCUGAAGAUGUGAUUACCAAUUCUGAGUUGUUUUUCCAAGAUUAUCGUUCAUUGGAUACAAUUAAUGCUUGGUUAGAGUUGUUGCAGUCAACUUAUCCAGAUAUUUUAAGUCUUGAGGAUAUUGGAGAGACAUUUGAACAUCGUAAAAUGAAAGUUCUUCAUUUUACUGUUCCACAUGAACAUUCAGAUGGCGAGGGACAUGGGGAUAGAAGAACAGUUGUUAUUACUGGUGGGGUACAUUCCCGUGAAUGGAUUUCAAUUUCCUCUACAUUAUAUGCUAUAUAUGAAUUAAUUGAAUUGUACAAAGUUGACUCACAAUCAAGAAUUUUUUCAGAGUUGGAUUUUUUGUUCAUUCCAGUUUAUAAUCCAGACGGUUAUCAAUAUACCUGGACAACUGAUAGAUUAUGGAGAAAGAAUCGUCAAGAAACCAUCAAACCACAUUGUUUUGGUAUUGAUAUUGAUCAUUCCUUUAAUUAUCACUGGACAAGAUCAAGCGAUUGGGCAUGUGGUGAAGAAUACAGUGGUGAACAUCCUUUUGAAGCCAUGGAAUCUAGAAUCUGGAGUGAAUAUUUGAAUUCCACAAAUGCAGACCAUAAGAUUUGGGGAUUCAUUGAUUUGCAUUCUUAUGCUGAAGAAAUUUUGUAUCCAUAUGCUUUUUCUUGUGAAGAUAGACCAAGGGACGAAGAGAAUUUGAUUGAAGUUGCUUAUGGUUUAGCCAAGGCAAUCAGAUUACUGACAGGUAGAAUUUAUCAAGUUUUUGCUGCUUGUUUAGACAGAGAUGCUGACUUGUUACCAGAUUUAGGAGCAGGGACCAUUUUAGAUUAUAUGUACCAUAACAGGGCAGAUUUUGCAUACCAAUUGAAGUUGAGAGAUACUGGUAAUCACGGCUUCUUACUUCCAGCCAAGCAAAUUAUCCCGGUUGGUAAAGAAGUUGUUGCUUCUCUUAAAUAUUUAUUUCACUUCUUGGUUGACACUGAUUAG